GUUUUAUCUUGAAGGAAACAUUUAACAAAAUCUCGCAACGAUUACCGAGUUUAACAUCAUAAGAACACAAGUACUCCAUAAUUCUGACAUCUAAGAGGUCCUGAAAGAUUCGGAUAAAUCCAAAUGGAGAAAUUCCUCGUCACAUGCAGUGUAGCAGACUUUCUUUUCAACAGUCAUCUUUACCACAACGCUAUUGAUAUGUACAAGGAGGCCCAAGUCUUGUUGAAAGGAAGUAAAGUCGAACAUGGUAGCGACCCUAAAAUUUUGUUGCAUUAUAAAUUAGCACUUUCUUACGGUUGUGUAAAUGAGUUUAAGGAAGCAUUGGAUUGCUACGAAAGACUUUUAAAAAUCAACGAAGAAGUUCAGAAUAGAGACUGGGAAGUAAAAGCGUACAGAGGCAUCAGUAAAAUGCACCGUUUUAUGGGUCAACACGUGCAGUCGAUUUUCUUUUUACGAAAACUUCUUCAAAUUGUCAAAGAAACUGAGGACAAACGAGCAGAAAUAGAAGCUUAUGUAGAAAUGGGUGAUUCUUAUUACAAUCUAGGUAAGCCGGAUAAAUUCAUCGACUGUUACAAUGACGGGUUGAACAUCUGCAGAGAGAUUGGUGACAGACAAAUGGAAGGACAGAUACUUGAUAUGCUUGGAAGCAGACACAAACACCUCGCUCAUUAUCCAGAAGCAACCAGAUGCCCAGGAAAGUCCUUGGACUUAUUCAAAGAAAUGAGCAAAUGCAAACAAGAAGGAUACUCGUAUCAAGCUCUGGGAAUGAUGUACCAAGAGAAGGAUGAUUUUGGCGAGGCUCUCAAAUACCAUUUCAAGUCACUUGAGUUGAUGAUUAAACAUGGAGAAGAAGUCGAUGUGGGUGUUUCCUAUAACAACAUCGGCACUACUUAUCAUGCAAUCGGUAAAUACAGCGAAGCACUUGAGUAUUUCAAAAAAACUCAUGAAAUUAUGAAAAAAUUUGGAGACAAAGUAGCACUAGGCAAAGCCCACCACGGUCUUGGCCUGUGCUAUACUUCGCUCGGUCAGUUCGCUGAUGCCAUAAAACACCAGGUUAAAGCGGUAAAUAUCCUAGUGGAAACUGGACGUAGAUUCGAAAUGGGUCGAGCCUUCGCCGCGCUGGGAAGGUCUUACAACACAAUUGGCCACAAAAAGGAAGCUAUGAAAAGUUAUCAGGAAGCCAUUAAAUGCAGUCAGGCGGUUGGGGAUAGGAGAGUCGAAUCAAAUUCCUACCAAGGUCUUGGCGAUGUGUUCGUUUGUUUAGGAAACACUGAAAAAGGAGAGAUGUAUCUAAAGAAAGCUCGUGCUUUAGCAAAAGAGACUGGAGAUAAAAGCAACGAGGCCACAAUCUACGCAGGACUCGGGUUCUGCUAUAUGUGUUGUGGUCGACAUACCGAAUCUGUUGAAAACUUUAAUUUAGGAAUUUCUCUAAUGCAAGAAAUUGGAGAUAAACGUGGCGAAGCGACAGCUUUGAUUAAUCUUGGAUGCCUGCACACGACGUUUGGAAAUCUGAAGAAAACAAGACAAUUUCUGAAAAGGGCACUCAAGAUAACGAGAAAAAUUGGAGAUAAAGGAAAAGAACAAGAGGCUCUUACCUUGCUAGGGAUUUUUAAUAAGAGGGAAGGAGAACUAAAAAAGGCACAUGAUUGCUUUUCACAGAGUAUCACUUGCGCUGAAAAGAACCGCGAACUACUUCAAGACGAACAUAAACUUUCUUUGGACAACGUAACCUUCACUAGCUAUUACGAAUUAUGUUCGCUUCGAAUCAGCCAAAAACAAUUUGCUGAGGCGUUGUGUACUUUAGAGCGUGGACGUGCUCGAGCUCUUGCCGACUUACUGUCCAAGAAAUAUGGCAUCCAAAGGAACAACUCGCACGAAUUAUUUCCGAACAUUGUCAGGGAACUUUCCAUCAAGAACCGAAGUACGAUCCUCUUCAUGGCUACGCAUCGGUUUGAAAAGUAUUUCUGGGUUUUGAAGGGUGGAGAAAUUCAAUUUAAGUUGUUGGAAUCUAAAGUGUUAAAGGACACCACUGACUUGCUCACGAGUUUGCUGAGAGGACAAUCUGUGCCUGAAUGUGAAGAUCGCUCAUUGUCGGCAUACUAUGGAUUAGAACAAUCAUCGCGUGAAAAAAAAGACAAACGCAGGCAGCGUCUCAUGGAAGAAGAAGAGGAAGAGGAUGGAAAGGAGGAUACUAUCUUGUACCAAUGGUAUGAUGAUAUUUUCGCCCCUGUUGCUGAUCUUGUUCAUCGUCAAGACAUCAUCAUCAUCCCAGAAGGUGAGGAUUUCAUGGUGCCAUUUUGCGCAUUAUGUGAUGGCAACGACAAAUUCUUGUCAGAGACCUUCCGAAUCCGUCUGAUUCCAUCACUAACAGCACUGAGGAUGAUCCAGGACAGUCCUGAAGACUAUCACAGUGCAACUGGGGCGUUAAUCGUUGGUAAUCCCUCUGUUCCCCCCCAAACAAAGUUAUCGUCAUUGCCAGGAGCAAGAAGAGAAGCACUGGAAAUUGCAGAGUUGUUGGGUGUGUCGGCUACAGUAGGAGAUGAAGCCACCAAAAAACAGGUUCUCCGACGGAUUCGAGAUGUCUGUUUGAUCCACAUUGCUGCCCAUGGUGAUCCAGAAAGAGGGGAAAUUGCUCUUGCCUCAAGUUUUCCAUCCAGACGAACUCCAAGUAAGGAAGACUUCAUGCUUACCAUGGAAGAUGUCGCAAAAGUUGGUACCCGAGCGAAGCUGGUUGUACUCAGCUGUUGUCACAGUGGUAGGGGACAGAUUAUGAAAUCAGAGGGAGUUGUGGGUAUCUCCCGCGCCUUUUUAGCAGCGGGAGCUCGCUCAGUGCUGGUUACUCUGUGGGCCGUGGAUGACAUAGCCACGAAAGAGUUCAUGAUUCGUUUCUACGGACAUCUGAAGCGCGAUAAACUGAGUGCCAGUGAGGCUCUUCAACAGACCAUGAAGUGGAUGAGAGAUUCCAAGAGGUACAGAUUCAAUGAGUGGGCACCAUUUGUUCUGCUCGGAGAUGACGUCAAUCUGGACUUAUAAAAAGGUGUUAUACCUUUGAACUGAGCAACGAAAACAAUCUUUCAUCGAAUCCAAAACAUUAACUAUCCUUCUGAUGGUGUAUAUACGUUUUAUCACUUAAGCCGGCAUUUUGAGAGUAACAUGCAGUUGUUGAUGCUCAGUCAUAGCUUUCAGCAAACAUCGAGAAAUCAUUAACUGAUUAAGAUCAAGAUGAAACUUUUCCUAUUGAUUUUGUUGAUGAUGAUGUUCUUUAUUUUUUCGGAGACGUUCGACCUAACGUGAGGUCAAAAACUUUUAGCGAUAGUUCUGAAAUUAUUUCGAGGUUAUAAUUACAGCAAACCUCGAUAUCGUACAAAAUAUAUAGCAAAAAUAGUACUAUUGCAGUGCUAUGCAAAUUUUAGUCGGUUAAUUUGGAGCACCAUGGCGAGAAGUCUGCCCAAACCAACUGUUCCAAACGGACCUUCUUUAUUCAAAAUUAUGUUCAUUAUGUUAAGAAUUUUCCAAUGAGGAUGAGUUUUCAACCUGAUGUAUAGUAACCUACAUCAUUUUAUCUUUGCAGUUAACGUUGAAUAUGACUUGAACAAAAGUGAGUACAUGUAAACCAUAAAGCAAGGAAUGCGCAAAUCCUGUAACAAAAAAAUUAGCUUUUCUUUGAUUACUCAAGUAGUUUUUUUUUGUUGUGAAUUUUAAUGUAGGCAAAAAGCUGCGAUAAGUUUAUUCUAGAGCCAAAAUAUACAAUCAGUCAGUUUUUAUCGGAGGAGGACGAAGAACAUCUAAUUUAAUUUUCCGCUUUGUUAAUUUGGUUGAAAUCGCAUGAGCCAGUAUUUAAGUUGUGUUAACCCUUUAACGUCUGGGAGUGAUUGGCAACUAACUUUUCCCCAUAUUACCCAUAUAUUAACCAGCAAACAGGUAUAUAUUUACAUUGAUCUAACGCCAAAUUUUCGUAACCAGUUUGCAUGGAAAUGUAUAACAGCUAGAGAGGAGAACGAACAAUUGCUUCAUGAGAGUUAAGAGGUUAAUGAGGGAUACCUGCGGCUGAGUUAAAAAA